AUGGGUUCUUCAUCUCCAAACAACUCUGUCGACUCUUACAUCCGCGAGAGGACUUCUUCGGACCUUUCAGGGAAGAAAUCUCCUUCAAUAGGUUGGUCCGAGGAGUCGUCUCGUCAUUCUGUCGGGUCUUCGACUCAUCGUGGAAAAUCUGCUGAGGUUCCUUCCUCCGGGAUAGAUCGUCGCGAAAUCUCCGCCGUUAGAGAUAGGGUUCCCUUCUCUAGUCGUGUUCCUACCGUUGUUCCGAGCUUGCGAGAUGAUACUGAUUCUGACGGAGCUGGGAAUCGUUAUGCCGACGAUGAGAGAGAAUCGGCGGAUGAAAACGUUUCGGGUGAAUCUAGAAAAAACGAGAUGGUCGAUCUGGGACCCACUACGUCGACCCGUGAAUCUGUUGGCCGAACGACCGACUUUUGCUUGUUGCCGGGCCCUCUAACUAUUAGGAUCCCACGAGAUACGGAUCGGCCGAGCGAUUGUCCUGAGGGGUUCAUUUGUCUCUUCGAAGGGUUUUUCACCGAGACGGGACUUCGCUUUCCUAUUCCCGACUUUCUCAUGCGAUUCUGUCGGAACCGUCAGAUUGCUAUAUCCCAACUGACGGUCGCUUCGAUACGAACUGCAGCCUGCCUCCAGAUGCUUUGCGCGAGGUGCGGCAUUCCCCUUUCAGUGGAGCUUAUGGAAGAACUUACUUCUUUCAGUAAAGUACCUCACAAGCUCGGCCAGCAUUAUAUUAGCUCAGUUAGGGGUUUCAAGAUUCUCGAAAACGAACCCUCAAAGACCCGGGACUGGUUAGGAGGAUACUUCUAUGCUAAGGUGGACCGGAACCUUGUGGAGGAUCCUUCGGCCGAGACUCUGAGAGAACAAGCUCCGAUUGACUGGAAACAGGUUCCCUGUCUGAAGCAUAAGAAACAGAACAAGCGCAAACCGCAAAAACAAAAGAGUUCGGCCCGUCCAAAGAAAAUGUCCGGCGAAAAUGUUAACUUGGCAACCCUCAUGCGUGAGAAACGAGCUCGCAAGGAGGCUGAAUCCAAACCUCGUCUAGCGAUAGUUGACAAAACUCAUGAGGACAAGGCUCGUCUUGAUGUAGCCGAGAAAAAUCGCAAGGGUCAUGAGGAUAAGACCAAAAAGGGUACGUCUGGCGCCGAACGUCGGGACGUUACCGAUGUGACCCGAGUGGACAAAGCUCGUCCAAUCACCGUUGGUCAGAAAGGAUCAUCUGGCCGCAGCGUGGAUAGGGAGAGGAGCGGCCCUGAUACCUUUGGCUCUAAGCGUCCCUGUUCUUCAAAAGAGGUCGCUCCAGCUUUGGACAAAAGGAGGCGUAUCGGGAGCGGUGAUGUCGACCUUUCAGCCGGGCCCCGUCUUUUGGCAAUUGCUGAUCACUCAUUCCGCUAUGAGUACAAAGUCAGGGACUCCCCGUUUUCUGCCGACCGGGUUGAAUGUGCUCGUUUCCUUCGGAAGAAUGACGUUCUCUUCUCUACUCCCCCAGAAGACAAUAUGUGCGCUUGGCAGGCUGUAUGGGCGAAUAACCUCCUGAUCUCGCGGUAUGAUCGCAAUCUGCGCUCGGCUCGUGAAAAGAUUCUGGUGCUCGAGGGCAAAUUAAAGAAUGCCGAGCGUACCAUUGCUGAUAACAAUCAACAAGCUAAGGCGGGUUUGGAGGAGUUGAAAGCCUUGAAAAAAGAGACUGUUGUUCUGAAAGCUGAGCGUUCGAAAGAGGCUGCGACGCUCGAGAAUGUUCUGAGGCAACAAACUCUGCUGGAGGCCCGGUUGGCUGAGGAGAAAGAGAUUUUUUGGCGUUUUCGGGAAGAGAAGUUCGCAGAGGAAAUGCGAAGACGCAUGCAUGCGCAAGCAACCGGUACACUUAGCUGUCUGAAGUUUCUAGCCGAUGAGGAUAAAAUCCCUAUACCGGCGAGUACGUUUGAAGAGUUUGAGGAGUGGAAAGAGAAAAUUGACGCGUUCAACGUGACGGAGCUGGUGAACGGCGGGAGGGUCAUCACGCCUGUCGCUCCUCAUGGUUCGACGGAAAAUGUGCAGGGUUCGGAGGAGUCUCCCUUCCGGAUUAACCAAUUUGGCUCGAAACUUGGGGUCCUGGCGGCUUGCGAGAUUGAUCCCAUAACCGAGUUCUUCACCGAUCCUAAACUCGCUGCUUUGGUUUCUGCGGGAGUUAAGAAGGCGAUUGUGACGAUCUCUGAUGAUGAGCCGGCGGCCGUGAUUACUACUGAAGACGGCCCCGUUCCUGCUUCACAUGCCGAGACUGCGCCUACCAUUGGGGACAGUUCCCGUGUCACACCAAACGAAGCGACGGUUCACUGCAAGGAGUCAGUGAGGCGUCUCGUCCAAGGAGUCUCUCGAGGUACGUCAUCAGAUUCCGAUGAUGAGCUUGAUUCCUCGUCGACGUCGAUCCGUGGUUAUUUCGGGUGUCCCCGUCGUGACCGUUCACCUUCUCCGAUCUGCGUAGUGGAGGAUCGCGUGAUUCGCCGCCCGGCGCUUCCAGUUGGCGAACCGCUGUACCCCUGGAGGAGGCCUCCAUUGAUCGCCGCCUCGCCGUCAUUCACUCCCGUCGGUCGUGAUUUUGUUCCCGGCAGUGUGAAGUACCCGGCGGAUCUGCUUCGUCAUCUUCAUCCUGAAGAGGCGGCGCGAUUCCGAUAUUGGUUUCGCACGUUGGAGGGGCAACACCGAGCUUACUGCCGCCGCCAUGCUGAGCUCCUCCGCAUGAUGCAGGAAAUGGAGCUUGGAAUGAGGAGGUUGGAGGCCGAUCCCAAGGACUGGGAACGCUUCGGACUGGGCAAGUUGAACCCACUGCCGCCUUUUCUGAGGGCGUACUGUCGUGCUAAACUUCACGAGGAUGAGGCUAGCUCGUCGAGAGGGCCCUGA